UUGAGGUGGACGGUGUCUCCGGGAAAAUGACUCCUCUCCUGGAGCACGAGAGUCAGAUCUUCCUGGAUUUAUUCCAUGAGGACGGGCUGGUGAUCACGGCCAGGGGCCUGGGGGUGGACAGGAUUCUCUUCAACUUCCUCAAGUUAUACAGUGACCCGGGCAACCUGGUGCUGGUGAUCAACACCGCCGGAGCUGAGGAGCAAUACUUUAUUGAACAGCUACGUUCCGAAGGAGUAACCCAUCUUCCUCGCAUCAUUACCAAUGAAGUUUUGAGCAGUGAUCGUUACACAGUGUACACUGAAGGUGGAGUCUUGUUUGUGACCAGCCGUAUUCUUGUUGUUGACCUCUUAACAGAUCGCAUUCCUGCAAAUCUUAUUACAGGUAUUUUGGUAUACAAAGCCCACCGAAUUGUUGAUUCAUGUCAGGAAGCAUUUAUCCUUCGGCUUUAUCGACAGAAGAACAAAAAGGGUUUUAUCAAGGCUUUCACGGACAACGCAGUGGCCUUUAGUCUCGGUUUCUGUCGCGUGGAGCGAGUGAUGCGAAACCUGUUUGUUCGAAAGCUGUACCUCUGGCCCAGAUUCCAUAUCGCGGUCGGCUCCUGCCUGGACAGGCACAAACCUGAAGUAAUAGAGUUGCACGUAUCUCUGACGCCCUCCAUGCUGGCUAUCCAGACUGCUAUAAUGGACGUGAUGAAUGCGUGCUUGAAGGAACUCAAACGCUACAAUCCAUCUUUGGAUGUUGAGGAACUGUCCCUUGAGAACGCUAUUGGAAAGUCAUUUGACAAGGCACUCUGUUAUUAUUUGGACCCAGUCUGGCACCAGCUUGGAGCAAAAACCAAGUCCCUGGUGCAAGAUUUGAAGGUUCUCCGCACUCUGUUAGAGUAUCUAACCCAGUAUGACUGCGUUACCUUCCUCAAUCUGCUCGAGUCGCUUCGGGCUACUGAGAGAGCUUUUGGGCAGAAUUCAGGGUGGUUAUUUCUGGAUGCCAGUAACACAAUGUUUGUGAAUGCACGAGCCAGGGUGUACAAACGUCCAGACACAAAGCUUAAAGCCUCAGCAAAUAUGAGAAACACUGAAUCAAAAGACACGGACAAGGCAGAAAAGGAUCUCGUCCUGGAGCCAAAUCCAAAGUGGGAAGCGUUGAGUGAAGUCCUAACAGAGAUAAAAAGAGAAAAUGAGUCCAGCGAAGCCUCAGGUCAUGUGCUGAUCUGUGCCAGUGAUGAUAGAACCUGUGCCCAGCUGAAGGAAUACAUUACUGUUGGAGCAGAAGACUUGUUAAUGAGACUCUAUAACAAAACCUUCGGGAAGGGCGAAAAGGCAGAGGAUGCUGGGGAAACCUGCAUAAAGGAUAGGAAGCCUGGCAAAACCAAGGCGAGAUCAAAACCUAGCAAUGGGCCAAAGCUGAAGAAAGCAAAAACAGAGACAGCUAAAAACAGGAGGAAGCCAGAGUUGACUUUGACUCAAAUGGUAGGAAGAGAAAAUGAUGAAGGUUCUGAGAAAGCAAAGGAAGGAGAGGGGGAAGGGGAGAAUGAAGAAAGUGUUAGCCCAGAAACUGGCAACGAGGAAGCUCAAUCAAAGGGUGUGAUUGCAAAACUUCCAACAGAUGCCUGCUAUGGAAUCCUGAAGGAGCCCCUCAUUGUUAUCCACCCCUUAAAGGGCUGCAGCGAUCCGUACAGCCUUUCCCGCGUACUGCACGAAAUCGAGCCCCGCUACGUCGUACUGUAUGAUGCAGAACUGUCGUUUGUUCGUCAGCUGGAGAUUUACAGAGUGAGCAAGCCUGGCAAGUCUCUCCGAGUUUAUUUUCUAAUAUACGGAGGCUCGACAGAGGAGCAACGUUAUCUGACCAAGCUGAGGAAAGAGAAAACAGCUUUUGAGCUUUUGAUAAGGGAGAAGGCAAUGAUGGUGAUCCCUGAGGAGAGAGAGGGAAGAGAUGAUUUAAACUCAGACCUCGUACGAAGUGUUGCCCCAGCAACUGCUAUUGCAGACACGAGGAAAGCAGGUGGUCAGACUCAGAAACACGAGCAGCAGCGAAUUAUAGUGGACGUACGGGAGUUCUGCAGUGAGCUGCCUUCCCUGAUACAUCGACGUGGCAUUGACAUCGAGCCAGUCACCCUGGAGGUCGGUGACUAUAUUCUGACGCCCGAUAUCUGUGUGGAACGUAAGAGUGUGAGCGACCUGAUCGGCUCUUUGAACAAAGGCCGGCUGUACACCCAGUGUGUCACCAUGUCCCGGUACUACAAAAGGCCCGUGCUUUUAAUCGAGUUUGACCCCAACAAGCCUUUCUCGCUGAAUUUCAGAGGCUUCGCACACCAGGACUUUUCCGUCAAUGACCUUACAUCCAAACUCACCUUGCUAACCCUUCACUUCCCCCGGCUGCGGCUUUUAUGGUGUGCCUCCCCCCACGUCGCCGCUGAAUUGUUCGAGGAGCUGAAGCAGAACCGGCCGGAGCCGGAUGCAGCCGUUGCCGUAGCGGUGAGCGGUGAUUCCGAAACAGUCUCCGAGUCGGGUAGGUACAACCCCGGCCCACAGGACUUCCUGCUGAAAAUGCCUGGCAUCAAUACCAAAAACAGCCGGGCCCUGAUGAACCAGGUGAAAAACAUUGCCGAACUGGUGACACUCUCUCAGGAGCGACUAGCAGAGAUCCUGGGGAACACCAACAAUGCCAAGCAGCUCUGGGAGUUCAUUCACUCCUCCUAUUUAGAUUUUACCGUACAGGGAAAGAAUCGAAAGUGAUGUUCAGAGCGGGCAGGGUUUAGUCAGACACUUUGAUCCUUCCAGCUGGUAAACUCAGGCAUUCUGAAAAUAGUGCAGAUAUUUUAAAGAGGUGUUGAACUUUAAUUCUAUUAAAGUUUACAUAAUUGGAAAAAUAGGAUAUAUUGCAGAAUUCCCAUUUCAGGAUUGUGAUCCGUGUGUAAACAUCAGCAGAAGCACUCUCUGUCUGUUUACAAGAUUCUUAGUCAGAGGGAACUCUGGGUUCAAAUGCUGAGUUCACUGUAAUGAAGCCUGACCCAGAUAUUGUAAGAUGUUUUUAAUUCAUUAGAGAAAGAUGCAGAAAUGCCAUACAAAGUGGUUGGUCCUGGAUGGUAGAAUCUAAAGCAGAACCUUUUCAGCAAUGUUUCACCUUGCUGUCCUCAAUUGGUAAUCAGCCCCUUUAAAACCUGAUGGUGAGUGCUGGGGAAGUUCCUAAAGCAGUCCAAUCUGGUGUUUCAGUCACUGAAUGUGAUUAACCACAGGGCUGGAUGUGUUAAUGAGCUGCGAUUUUUCUGAGGCUUUGUUAGACUUUGGUUUAUUUGCAUUUUACCCGUAAGGAGUCUUGGCUUCAGAAAGGCAUUUUAUCAGUUGAAUCUAACUCUGCCUGUGGUUUUCCUUCUGCCUUUGAAGCCAUCACCUUAGCUGGCCCUUUAUGAAAAUUGCUAAUAGGAAUCUUCCUGAGGUUUAAAUCCAUGAAACAUCCCUUUGAUGUUUCUUUUUAAUCGUAUGAUUUUGACAUUGCUUUGUUUCUAGACCACUGUCAGGGGCUGGAGCCCUGAAUAAUUGUUCAAGUGGGUGUCAACAGGAGCUCAGUAGGUAGCACUUCUGCCUCAGGGUCAGAAGGCUGUGUGUUGUCCUACUCCAGAAGCUUAGCAUAAAGAUCAAAGCAGGCAUUGCAGCUUCAUACCGAAGGAGUGCAGUCCUGCCGAAGGUGCUGUCUUUCAAAUGAGACAUUAUACCAGAGCGUGCCUGUCCUCAGGCGGGUAUGAAACACAACCCCACCACACAAUUUGAAAGCGAGCAGAUGUUAUUCUCCACAUCCUGGCCAAUGUUUAUCCCUCAGUCAGCAUCAUAAAAACAGAUCAUCAAACCAUCAUUAUCCCAUUGAUAUGCUGUGCAUAAAUUAACUAUUGUGAUUCCAACAGUUAACACUUCCAGAGUAUUCCAUCGAUUGUGAAGUUACUCAGGAAGCCUUCUGAUCGCAAAAGGUGUUAUAUCAGUGCCUUAGUGUCUGCUUGAUGUUGUGAGCAUUCAUCAGAAAAACAUUCUGCUGUGAUAUUUGCGGAUCAGCUUUGAUGAGAUAAACAUUCUGACAGAGGUGGAGGUACAUUUUCAGAGCUGCUUAUGAGCGAGAUCUGAAAAGAAAUAUAUUUGAUUUAAUUUGCCGCCUCUUCCACUCUGAGAGUUGUUUCAGAUAUCUAAAUUGGACCUUUGUCAUCUUAUGGAGUAUAAACAUAAUCCAUAAAAGAUGGAGCACAUUUUUGGCUUCUGGUGACUUUCAGACCUCUCAAAAUAUUGUUUGGUUUAUAAGUUGAGACACGAUCUCUCCUCAUUAUAGCACUCUUUGGAAAACAUUCCGUUUUGAAAUGUUAAAGCAGAUUAGAUUUUCUUGAAAAUAUUUAAUACAAAAAUCAGCUUGUGACAAGAGCAUAAUGCCAAUGCUUUUUUAAAGAAAGAAAGAUGAACUCAAAUGAAUGUUGAUUUUUAAUCCACCUUGAGGAAUCUUCAGUUCAUGGAGUGGUUGGUAUGUAAAUAUUUUGAUACUGUGUAUAUCAAUUAUAAAAU